AUGCUUGAUUCAUCACAAGAACAUCCGAACAAACCCACCCACCAUUCCGGAUUCUUAUUAAAUAAACCCAUAACGAACAAUAGAAGUCCUACUAUUAAACCCCAAAAAGAAAACCAACCAUGUAAUAUUGAAGGGUCGGUUAGGUCUUUUUCUCCUUUCAAUUGCCAUAAAUAUGCUAAAAUGCUAUUAAAUGACCAUAUUGCACAGAUUGUCGUGACAUACUUGCUUCGACAAGCGUAUCCGAUCGGCGGUGUGAA